AUGUCGGGGCUGCUUCUGCUCUUAGUGGGAACCGCCGCAGCGGCAAGGGCAAGGGUGGCAAGAGCGGUGGCGGUGGCAACGGGGGUGGUGGUGGUGGAGGCGGUGGAGGCAGUGGAGGCGGUGGAGGUGGCGGAGGUGGUGGAAGCGGUGGGAGUGGUGGCGGGAGUGGGGGCUUCGGUGGCGGCGGUGGUGGCAGCGGUGGGAGUGGGGGUGGCGGUGGUGGCGGCAGUGGGAGUGGUGGCGGCGGCAGUGGUGGCGGUCGGGGUAUAG